CGGGGCUCCUCGCCGGCGCAGAUGGAGCCUUGGAAGCAAUGCGCCCACUGGCUCAUCCAGUGCCGGGUGCUGCCGGUCAACCACCGGGUGACCUGGGACACGGCGCAGGUGUUCGACCUGGCCCAGACCCUCCGCGAUGGAGUCUUGCUCUGCCAGCUGCUCAACAAUCUGCGCGCGCACUCCAUCAACCUCAAGGAGAUCAACCUGAGACCUCAGAUGUCCCAGUUCCUUUGUUUGAAGAACAUAAGAACAUUCCUCACAGCAUGUCAUGAGACAUUUGGUAUGAAGAAGAGUGAACUUUUUGAAGCAUUUGACUUAUUUGAUGUCCGUGAUUUUGGAAAGGUCAUAGAAACAUUAUCGAAACUUUCCCGUACUUCUACUGCAUUAGCCACUGGAAUAAGGCCGUUUCCAAAUGAAGAGAGUGUGGAUGAUGAAGACAUCUACAAAGGUCUUCCAGAUUUAAUAGAUGAAACUGGUGUGGAUGAGGAUGAAGACCUUUAUGAUUGCGUUUACGGCGAGGAUGAAGGUGGUGAAGUGUAUGAAGACCUAAUGAAAGCUGAAGCUGCACUUCAACCUAAGUGUCCCGAGAAUGACAUAAGAAGCUGCUGCCUUUCUGAAAUAAAGCAGACUGAAGAGAAAUACACAGAAACGUUGGAGUCCAUAGAAAAGUAUUUUAUGGUGCCAUUGAGAAGGUUUCUAACAUCAUCUGAGUUUGAGACUAUAUUCAUCAACAUAGCUGAUUUGGUGAAAAUCCACAGAAGUUUAACACAGGAUAUUCAUGAGUCAAUUGCAAACAAAAAUGACCAAAACCUGUAUCAAAUUUUUAUUAGCUACAAGGAAAGGUUGGUCAUCUAUGGGCAGUACUGCAGCCAGGUAGAGAUAGCCAUAUCCUGUUUAGACAGUAUCUCCAAGAUAAAAGAAGACGUUAAGUUGAAACUGGAGGAAUGUUCGAAAAGAGCCAAUAAUGGGAAGUUUACUUUGCGGGAUCUUCUUGUGGUUCCCAUGCAGCGAGUUCUGAAAUACCAUUUACUGCUUCAGGAGCUGGUGAAACACACAACUGACCCAAUGGAGAAAGCCAACUUAAAGCUUGCCCUUGAUGCAAUGAAGGACUUGGCACAGUAUGUAAAUGAAGUGAAGAGAGAUAAUGAAACUCUCCGUGAAAUUAGACAAUUUCAGUCCUCAAUAGAGAAUUUGAACCAGUCACUUUUACUGUAUGGAAGACCACAAGGUGAUGGUGAAAUAAGGAUAACGACCCUGGACAAACGGGCAAGGCAAGAUAGGCAUAUCUUCUUAUUUGAUUUGGCUGUAAUUGUAUGCAAACGGCGAGGUGAUAAUUACGAAAUGAAGGAUAUAAUUGAUCUUCAAGAAUACAAAAUAGCCAACAACCCCACAACUGAUAAAGAGAACAAAAAGUGGUCUUAUGGCUUCUACCUCAUCCACAUACAAGGACAGAAUGGGCUGGAACUCUACUGCAAAACGAAAGAUUUGAAGAAAAAAUGGCUUGAGCAGUUUGAAAUGGCACUGUGA